AUGUUUAUCCUUUUUUUACAUUUCUAUCGUAUAAUGAGCAGCUAUGUAAUUUUCUCCUCUUUUUUUAUGUUCAUUAUAUAUUAUCAUUCUUUUAUUACAUGUUUCAAUAUAAAGCAUAUCAGUAACAAUAAUAAUUUGCUCAUUCCAUUAAAUAAAUGUUCAUUUAAAAAGGGAAGGAAAAAUAAACAUCUUAACUUUUAUGAUCUUGCUAAGAGUCAAGUAAAACAACAUGGAGGUACACUCAGAAAAAAUGAUAUAUUUUUUAGUGAUAUAAAAAAUGAAGAAAUCAAAGAAAACACUAUAUCACAUAUGGAAAAAAAUAUAAAGUGUAAAAUAGGAUUAGAAGUACAUAUACAGCUAAGUACAAAAUAUAAAGCAUUCUGUAAUUGUUUCAACAUAUCUUCAUUAUAUGGAGAAAAAACAUAUGAAAAAAAUCACAAUGAUUUAAUAGCAUUUAUAAGAGAAAAUAUAUGGAAAGGGAAAAAUGAAGAAGUAAAAGUAUCAAAUGAAAAAGUAUCAAAUGAAAAAGUAUCAAAUGAAAAAGUAUCAAAUGAAAAAGUAUCAAAUGUAAAAGUAUCAAAUGUAAAAGUAUCAAAUGUAAAAGAACCAAAUGAACAUAAGAAUAUACAUCAAUCCAUUUUUGAUAACCAAAUUAAAAAGAACAAGGAUCUAAUAAAUAACAACAACUCAGAUGAUAUUAUUAUAAAUAAAUAUCAUAAUAAUGAAAAUAUCGAACCAAAUAAAUAUAUAUGUAAUACUUGUAUUGGAGAAGUAGGAUCUCUAAAUACAUUAAACAGUACAGCUGUUUUAUUCUCAUAUUUAAUUUCUAUUAUUUUUAAUUGUAAUUUAAAUAAUAAUAUCUCCUUUGACAGAAAAAUUUAUAAUUAUUAUGACCUGCCCAAAGGAUACCAGAUUACACAACAUGAUAACCCUAUUGGAUAUGAUGGAUAUAUAUUAUUGAAUGAAAAAAAAUAUCAUAUAAAAAGUAUACAACUUGAAGAAGACACCAGUAAGUGUUACUUAUAUUUCUCUAAUAAAGAUGAAGAUGUUACAAAUUCCAAUGAUAAUCAUAUUAAUUGUAAUGAUAAUAAAUAUAUAGAUAAAAAUGAUAAUCGUUCUAUACAUAAUAAUAUAAAUACUAAUUAUAAUAAUAUAUAUUCAGAAAAAAUUAAUAAUGAACAUUAUGUAAGAAAUAACAUGAAUCAGAUACAUUCCAAACCAGAUAAAAUAUUAUUAGACUAUAACAGAUGUGGUGUACCUCUUGUUGAAGUCGUUGUAGAAAAAACUGAUAUGAACAGCGAUGAAUGCAUAAAUAUUCUUAAAGAAAUAAAAAAUAAAGUAUGCUUGUUAGGUGUAUGUGUAGGAAAUAAAGAAAACAUACGUUCAGAUAUUAAUAUAUCUUUUGAAUAUGGAAAUAUUAAGAAUGACCGCAUAGAAAUUAAAAAUAUUAAUAGCUUUAAAAAAAUAAGAAAUUAUAUAGAAACAGAAAAGAAAAAUUUUAUAAAUUAUAUUAUCAAAAAUAACAUAAAUAAUAAUAUAAUAAAUGAUCAUAUAAACAAUGAUAAAAAUUCAAACAAUAUACAUAAUAAUAAUAAUAAUAAUACCUCUUGUACUAAUAAUAACAUAUAUACAAAAAGCUAUAUAGAUAAUACACAUUUUAUUCUAAGAAAAAAAGAAUCAUAUAAUUAUGUUAAAGAAGGAAAUAUACCUAUAUAUAAAAUUAAUGAUAAUAUUUUGAAAUUAUUAAAAUUUUAUGUCAAUUAUAAAAUAAAAAUUUAUCAAGAUGAAAAAAAAUAUAACUGGUCAAAACAUUAUUUUCAUGUUUUUUUUAAUGAUCCAUUUUUAUAUAAUUAUUUUAAUGAAUGCUUAAAAUAUGAACAAGAAAAAUAUGUAUCCAAUUUUUUAGUUAAUACAUUAUUAGAUAUUUUAAAAAAAAAAAAUAUAAUAUCCAAACAAAUAUUAAUCAAACCUAAAGAUUUAUGUUUUAUUAUUAAUUAUGCCCAUACAAAUAAUAUAGAUAAUACUUUCUUAAAAUCUUUCAUUUUUCAAUUCAUAGACAAACAAUUUAAUAAAGAAAUAUUCUAUGAACAACUCAAACAUGUUAAUACAAUCGAUAUUGAACAUACAUUAAUAGAAUUAAUUAAACAAAAUAAACAUUUUUUAAAAUAUGAUCAAAAUAAAGUGUCUAUCAUUAAUCAACAAAAUUUUAAAAACAGAAUUAUCGGAUUAUUAAAAAAUAAAUUCAAUGUACAUACGUCCAAUGUAAUUAUAAAUUAUAAACAUGUGAAUGAUUUUAUAUUGAACUAUAUAAAUAAAAAUCUCUUAUAA